UCUUUCCUUCUUUUCUUUUUUUUUUCUACGUGCACUUCAUAAUUCAGAUUCCAUCUUACUUUUAUUUUCCCCUCUUCAGUCUUCACCUUCCCACCAUUCCAAUUUCUCCCAGCAAGAAUCUUUGAGCUGCAAAAAAAAAAACCAAUCUUGUUCCAUGUUCUUCCUCUUUUCUUGAGCCCCUCGAGCACACCAACAAUCUUGAUCAGAAAAAAAUUGAUUUCAAUCCAAAAAAAGCAAAAAAAAUUGAUCUUUAUUGGUGCAUGUUUCUGUUAUGAUGGCUAGCUCAAGUGGGACCUACAAAGAAGGAGUUAACAAGCAAGCUCACAACUCUGUUUCUUCCUCCUACAAUGGAAGCUCUGUGCAUGGAGAGUGGGGUGUGCCAACUUUUCAGCAUCAGCAGACCAUUUCCAUGGAUUGGACUCCUGAAGAGCAAGCUCUUUUGGAGGAGGGUUUGUCCAAUUAUGCCACAGAGUCGAACAUCAUCCGUUAUGCAAAGAUUGCUGUGCAGCUAAAGAACAAGACCGUUCGAGAUGUGGCUUUGAGGUGCAGAUGGAUGACUAAGAAGGAAAUCAGCAAGAGACGGAAAGACGAUUUCAAUGCAAGGAAGAGCAAAGAUCGAAAGGAAAAGUACAUCGACACCACUGCAAAGCCUUCUCGACUAUCCAUCCAAUCGGGUCCAACUCAACCUUCGGGAAUGAUUUCCAAUUGCAAUGAAGACAACAUCUCAUACAAUGAUGUGACUGGAGCCACUCGACAGCUUCUUCAGCAUAACGCGUGGACUUUCAAACAGAUAUCAGCAAAUCUUUCAGCUCAUCAGAUACACGACAACAUCGGGCUUCUGAGCCAAGCUCGAGAUAACAUCUUUAAAAUUUUAAACAACUUGAACGGCAUGGGGCCAGUGAUGAAGAGAAUGCCUCAGCUCCCGAAGCUGAACGAAGAGCUAGCAAACUCCAUCCUUCCCUUGACAAACUUCCCUAUCCAGCUAUGAUCGAGCCACUGAUCAUCGAGAAGCUGCAGAUUGUGCGCGGCCUGACUUUGCUGAUGCUCGUGACGACAAAAAAGAUAGAUGGCUCGACGUGUCUCUUGCUAUCUUGUUUGACAGUAGAGGUAAUUAACAUCUGAAUGUAUUGAAAAUGGUUGAAUCAAAUCUCUUGGAGUAUACUUUGUAGCUUGAAACGUUGAAUUUUUGAGUUGAUUCAUAAUAGUGACAUGGUAUGGAUGAA